AUGUUUAUCAUAUCACCCCUCUCCAAUUGCGCGUCCGUCGCAAAACGUGAUAGAUUUAUUGAAUAUCUCUCCAAAAUUGCUCCAGUAACAUACGGAAAUGAACCCAAAUGCCGUGCAUAUGCAUGGUUCCGAAGUGCAGAGGACAACGAAACAGUGCCGCACCACUGGCUCCGUGGAUUAGAAGUCUAUGAAGAUGUUGAAUCAAAUACUAUUACUCACCGUGCGAGCGCCGAGUAUAAAGCUUUCCGAGCAGCUGUCAGCGCUGAGAGACUUCUUGAGCGUCCGAGUGAUCUCCGUUUCUGGAGACCCUCAUCCAUCGGCUUUCUUAAACGCAACAAUGACGGCCAGGGAUCCGACAUAUUCCAAGAAACACCUCCAAGUCUAGGUCUGCAGUAUAUUGUCGUUGAUGAGCUAACCCCGCGGUCGACUUACAAGGACGCCGUCUUGGAGCAGUUGAGCCGGAUGGCGAAUGUAGCAGAACAAGAUGAGCAUGUCCUCAGUUUCUGGGUGCUGUAUCGCGGAGAAGAAGAGCAAGACCAGGAUAUAUUAGUAUUUUCUAGAUACAAGGACAAAAGCGCGUGGGUCCAGUUCUGCGGCCAUGAGACUUCUUCGGCGUGGGGGGAAGUGCAUGCAUUGAGCGAUGAGCAGCGGAGGACGACGUGGGUAGAGUCGGGAGUAGGUUUUGUGGGUAGGUAA